AUGGCCGAAGAAAAUACGGCAGACGCAAGACUUAGAUGGAGCCAUCCAAGAUUUACGUCCUGCUACAACGAAGCCGAUGUAAAGGUAGCUGCUGCUUGCGUAGAACUAGGGGGGCUGCUAGGCAUCUGUAGCGAUACGUGCAAGCAAGUCAGUGAACGGGUUCUCAAGGCCACGGACCUUGCUCCUAUUGCCUCCAUCGAUGUAACUAUAGGAUUCUCCAGCGGUGAUGUAGCUAGUCGCCUUGGAAAUACGUCAGGAGGUCAGAAGUUCAUUGGUCUCGUUUGCGUGUUGGUCACGGCGUUUACUCCGUUUGAAAGUGCGCAGGUUCUAGCGGAGUUGAUGCAGAACCAUGUCGCAUAUGAAGAUGGACGAUUUCCUACGCCUCAGCAGCUAGAACCGCUGAUCUAUGCGAUGUAUUCGAGGUGCCUGUUAUCGGGGUUCGCUGAGCGUAUUGUCGACUACGAGAUAAUCUACUCCCGAGAACUUCGCGGUCAAAGAUACGACAUUAAUUCGUUGGGUCGCUUAGAUAAAACCCCUGGAAUGGAGGCCGUAGUCCAACUAGUUGAUCUGCUGCUCAUGCUCCAGGUAGAAACACCCGGCGAAAGGAUACGCAAGUUAGAAGCGAUCAGCGUCCACGCUGGUUCCUGCGCGCCUUGGAUUGCCGCAUUUUUCCAUUGGUGGUUACACAAGAAGCCGCUUCUCUAUUUCGGAGACAAGCCGAUGCGAUCGGAGAAGUCCGAAAAGAACAAAACCCAUGUCGCAGUCAAUCUCGCGGUUCCUACGAAUAAUAAUACUUCGGAAAUCAUAAAGAUAAAGGCUUAUUACUCAGCGGAGGAUAUUGAAUUGUGGAAAUUCGGUCCCGGCAGUACUCCACGAUACGGCGGUCUCGUACAGAUCGGUACGUACUUCCGACUCCUCCUCUGCAUCCUCAGACUUGACCGAGGCCAGGCUCGCAAGGCGGCUGUCGAGGUAAUCCCGUUCGCUCUCUUAGAAGCGCAAAGGGGAUUGACGAUGUGUUCCGAAGGAUGCGUAUCGCGGAAUCGUUGGGGUGCGCCUUGUUACACAACUUCGGAUAUUGCCGAUAAGAAGAUCCGGCUGGGUCAGAUGUACCGGACACGCGAAGACAACGUACUUAAGGUCAACUCGAAUCGAUUCGAGCCAUUUCCGAAUAGAGAUGAUGCUACUAAGAUCCUGCAACUCGUUCCGGGAUGCGAAAAGGAGCAUUUGAAGGAUUUGCGCAGUAAGAAGAUGGGCCAACGGAUUUAUGAACACCCUGAAACCGCUGCAUUCUUCGGUAAAAAUCAACAUGGGAGUGAACUUGCGGAAUGGCAAAAGGGAUUAUUUCGUACGCAGUUCACUCCCUUGGCAAAUCCGGGUUCGGUGACUAUAUUCGAAGAGCAGAUUGCUAAUAUCGUUGCUACGACUCUAGCUUUGUCGCUAUUCCGUGAGCCGGAGGGGUUGUUGGUUACUCCUGACCCGUUCGUGUGGAAGGCACCGGAACUUAGUCCGAGUACGGUUAUAUCGGCUACUUGUAGAGUCUUUCGGAAGGUGAAGGCGUGCUGCGAUGUGGUGGAGUGGCAUCAAGUGUGUCGAAAAUUGGUCGGAGAGACGCGGAUGCUGGGAGAAGAGAAGCUGAACACUAUUAUCUCGUCCUGCGCUGGACAGUCAGUUUGGCCGGCGAUUAUAUUCCCGUUUGCGAUCCCGGCGGAUGGUGAGAGCUUCCUACGGAUGAACUGGAAGCGGGGAAAUGUUUACGAUAACCAGACUGGGAGUCGUCUUCACAGGAUCGUUGGCCAUGACUCGCGUACGGACCGCGAUAAUAUGCUGCGAAGCGUGGUUAGGAUCCCGACGCGAUUAACCGCGUCUGAUAUGGUGCCUCCCCCGAGCUACUUCGGAUUUUGGAAAUGUAUACUUUGGGAUGGUAACGAUAAACUGGUUCUGCACUAUGGAGUGCAACGGUCGACCGAUCACGGGAAAGGCGAUACAAUUAUCGAUCCGUAUGGCGCGAUAAAGAAUAUGGCAUCGGCCGAGCAGCUUUUGAAGUGUCCACAUGAUCCUAAUACGCCAAUGGAUAUUCCAACCCCUAUGGACAUCGACAUCGACUUUAAAGUUGAGUCCGGCAGUCCAACUCCAACGCUUCCAGAUGUAUACUUAGUAUAUCCUGAAGAUGUGAUGCCAUGGCUCCGGGACUGGGUACAUAGAGCGAAUCCGGAAGAGGCGACGCGACGGGGACUCGGAGGUCUCUUAACCUACGCGCAAAUCAAUAACGAACCUCGCCCUGGUGCUGUAGCGGUCGUGCCGGUCGCCGACGGGAAUUUGAUGCGCUUUUUCGCGUUGGCGAAGCCAGUCGGAGCGCAUGUUGCGUUUUUCACGAUGAAGGUGUCUUCUAUUGCUUUCGCUAUUGCGCUUGCCGCGCCGUCGCAGGCGUACCUCCGAUUCGGAUGUUCCACGUUGAGCGUCCAACGUCUUGACCCCCUCGUCGAGCCGGGUGUCGUCCCUUCGGCCCAUCUCCACCAAAUCGUUGGUGGCAAUGCCUUCAACGCUUCUAUGGAUCCUAGCCAGGACCCCAGCCAGAGGGCUACUUGCACUACUUGCACGUUCUCCGAGGAUUUCUCUAACUACUGGACCGCCGUUCUAUACUUCAAGGCCCGUAACGGAACCUACCACCGUGUGCCCCAGUACCCGAACGCUCUCUUGGGCAACAUCAACGGUGGUAUGACCGUUUACUACAUCCAAGAGUCGUUCAACUCGAACGGAAACCAGAAGAUCACUGCCUUCAAGCCCGGUUUCCGAAUGACAGUUGGAACUCCUAACAGCAAGGACGGCACCAACCCCGGCCUCCGAUACACCUGUCUGCAAGACGUCAUGACUCGAUUCCCCGAGACCGCCGAGUUCCCCAAGCAGCCUUGCCCAGCUGGUAUCAUGGCCAUCCACCACUUCCCCGCCUGCUGGGAUGGCAAGAACCUCGACAGCCCCAACCACCAAGACCACAUGUACAACACCAACAAGGGUGGCUUCACCACCGCUGGUGCUUGCCCAUCUUCGCACCCUGUCCGUGUUCCCCAAGUAGCGUUCGAGACGAUGUGGAACACCACCAUGUUCAACGACAAGUCUCUAUGGCCCGAGGAUGGCUCUCAGCCCUUCGUCUGGAGUUACGAGGACAGCGUUGGCUACGGCACUCACGGCGACUACCUCUUCGGCUGGAAGGGUGAUGCUCUACAGCGCGCCAUGGACUCUCAGCCCCUUCUUAGCAACGGUAUCGCGACCCAGAGCGUCGCUCAGGCGAACCAAUGCACUAUCAAGAGCACCGUCAACGAGGAGAUCGACGGAUGGCUCACGAGCCUUCCCGGCCGAAAGAUGGACAUGUAA